AGUUCAAACUUGUACAUUUGGCAACGCAGAGGAAGAUAACACUCUGUGUAAAUUCUUAAUAUACUAGUGACUUUAGAACUUUUGCCUGCCUUACUUUUAAAGAUAAUUGGGAUAAAGUACGCGUGAAGUGUUGAUGAUGAAUAUUUUACUACUCGUCUUUCUGUUUUAUCAUGCAUGUAACGGGCAGUGUCCUGACGGGUGGCUGAGGCAUGUCGACUCCUGCUAUCACUUCAGCCACGACCAAGAGUCAUACACAGGCGCUCAGGCGAUAUGCCACGAAAUGGCGGAGGGGAGCACGCUGGUGGAGAUUGAGACAUUGGCGGAGAACUCGUACCUCGCCCACGCCGCAGAUAUGCGCAAACUUCAGUACCGAAUAGGGUUGACGGACCUUGCAGAAGAGGGGAUUUGGCUAUGGAGCGGAAGUAAGGAGCACGCCACCUAUUUUUCCUGGGGACCCGGGGAGCCUAACGGUAGGAACUCCGCCGGCGACGAGGAAAACUGUGUCGUCAUAGAAACAGCGGGCACCUGGCAUGACGUCAUCUGUCAUGACUUCCGACAUUACAUCUGCGAGUUACGUUUGGAGAAUGCCGUCGUUGUUGGGUAACUGGGAAUUUAUACACUUGCAAUUCAAUGUGGAUGGAAUACGUUGUUAUCAAGCGUUUAAAAGUCAUGCCGCUAUUUUAUAUUUCCAAUACUUAAAAAAUAACGUAUUCUAUGUUUA